UUGUGUUGUGUCAUUAAAAUGUCAUAAUAGAAUAAUAUAUAUAUUAUUGUAAAUUAUUAUUCUUAUAAAAUAAUUAUUUCAUUUUAUUCUUCGCUGUAUAUAAUUAUAUUGUAAAUAUUUACUUUUUAAUUUUUUUAUAUUGCAUGUAACUUUGAACGAAUUCUCAUGAUGUUCAGAAACAAUUUGUUUACAAUCAACUCGUCAUAUAGUCAUUAAAGUAUAAGAAAUGGCAUCGUAUUAUAAUAAUUUACCAGUUAUUUUAGUGAGCGCUAAAAGUACAACAGCCGCCAAAACAUUAAUUUCAGAAAUAAUAGACAAUGUACCACCAGAUUAUGAAGGUGACGGGCACGUUUGGAGGAUAGUGAACAAGUAUUACACGGCGGACGUGAGGCUACACCCACACGCUGAUGACGAAGAGUUACAAAUAGAUGAGCACCUGAUAGAAGCACACAUUAUAUAUCUUGAAGAAGACGAGUGCUCGGCGGAGACGGCGGCGCGGCGCGCGGCCGGGCCGGGGGCGGCGCGAGCGGCCAGGGCGGGCGGGCCGCGGCUCGUGGGCGGGCGGGGGCUCGAGGGCGGGCGGGGCCUCGGGGGCGGGCGGCUGGCCAGCUGGGCGGCCCACGCGCGGUACGAGCUGGCCGACGACGGCCUGCCGCGCCUCAGGGACGCGCUGCACGCGCACCUCUGGCCGCGCGCACCCGCACCGCCCCACGACGCCCGCUCCUCGCCCGAUACGACGUCGUCGGAGGAGUCGUGGUCGGAGUGGGUGAGCGCGGGGGGGAGCGCGGGCGCGGAAGACGAGGAGAGCGCGGGGGAGGACGUGGAGCGCGCCGAAGAGUUCGCGGCGGCGCUGGGGGCGCUGCCGGCCGCCGCCGCGCACGCCAGGCUGCAGGCUCUCACCGGACACGAGCGCCGCGCGCGGCUGCAGCGCGCCGAGCACCUGGUGGCGGCCUUCUGCCGCGCGCUCGGACACCGCCCGGACGCCUGCUGACCGCCACCAGGCUGCAGGCUCUCACCGGACACGAGCGCCGCGCGCGGCUGCAGCGCGCCGAGCACCUGGUGGCGGCCUUCUGCCGCGCGCUCGGACACCGCCCGGACGCCUGCUGACCGCCACCAGGCUGCAGGCUCUCACCGGACACGAGCGCCGCGCGCGGCUGCAGCGCGCCGAGCACCUGGUGGCGGCCUUCUGCCGCGCGCUCGGACACCGCCCGGACGCCUGCUGACCG